AUGCACUACGACGCUUCAAUAGGGCCUCCUUGUUCGGACUGCAAUACUUUACCAAUCCUUUUCACGUGGACUUUUCUUAUCUUCUUUUCAAUAGUCAACUCACAUGUCCGAGCAGCUGUGAAGCUGCCGGAUAAUGAAACAAUUCCGGCAGUUGUUUUUUUUGGGGAUUCCAUUGUAGACACGGGCAACAACAACUAUAUUAAAACAGUAGUAAAGGUCAAUUAUCCUCCAUAUGGAAAGGAUUUCAUGGGAGGAAAACCUACGGGGAGGUUUUCUGAUGGAAAAGUUCCCUCAGACUUGUUUGUAGAAGAAUUGGGAAUAAAAGGCCUUUUGCCACCAUAUCUUGACCCAACUCUGGAAAUUGAAGAUCUCAUAACAGGGGUGAACUUUGCUUCAGGCGGUGCUGGAUAUGAUCCUCUAACAUCUGAGAUUGUGUCAGUUUUAUCGCUAUCGGAUCAGUUAGAAUUGUUCAAAGAGUACAUAAUGAAGCUGAAGGUUGGGGUUGGAGAAGAGAGAACAGACAGCAUUUUGAGUAAAAGCCUGCAUAUAGUUGUAGUAGGCAGCAAUGAUAUUACAAACACUUAUUUUAGUUCCCCUCUGCGAAGAUCUCACUAUGAUGUUGCUUCAUACACUGAUCUUAUGGUCAACUCAGCAUCGACCUUCGUGCAGCAUUUAUACGGAUUGGGAGCACGAAAAAUUGGUGUUUUUGGAGUUCCACCAAUAGGAUGUGUGCCAGCACAGAGGACUUUGGCAGGAGGAGUACAAAGAAAUUGUGUAGAAAAUUAUAAUCAAGCUGCACAGUUGUUCAACUACAAGCUGUCAGCUGAGUUGAAGUCUCUUAACAGCAAUCUACCGCAAGCAAGGGUGGUCUAUCUGGAUAUAUACAAUCUUCCACUUGAUCUCAUUUACGAACCCAAAAAAUAUGGAUUUGAAAUUGCGAACAAGGGAUGCUGUGGCACGGGUUCUGUGGAAGUAGCAUACCUAUGCACAUAUACAUGUACAAAUGCCUCCAAGUACAUAUUUUGGGACAGUUUUCAUCUUACAGAAAAAGCAUACAGACUGCUUGUCCAUCAAAUCCUCGAGAACCAUAUCUACAGCUUCAUCUGAUCUAACUCAUCUUGCUGAUUCCAUUUCCCUAGCUUCAAACUUUCCCUUUUACACAAAUUCUAACGGUCCAUAUUGAUCCGUUCAAUAAACUGAUUAAGCUGUAGUUGAAUUGUCUCUGAAUUUGAAAAUUUUACUCCGCACAUUAAUCUCUUGAGACGAAGAAGCAGAGGAUUCAGAUGAAAAUAUCAAUUUAAUUAGCUGUGUAAAGGUUAGGU